AUGGCUUCAUCCCAAACUCCAUCCAACGAGCGACAAAAGAAACUCUUCGCCCUGACCAUCUGCGCAUACCGCAAACCAGGCAUGGACGAGGACGCCUACCACCGGUACACGAGCGAGACGCACGCGGCGCAAGUGAAGGAGCUGCUGGUGCGGAAGAAGAUUGUGGGUUAUACGAUGCAACACAACACCACCGCAACAAAAGCCAUGAUGGCGCAGAUCUUUGGUGACCUCCCCGAGUGCAGCGUCUCCGACUGCGACUGCUUCAUCCAGAUCGUCUUCCGCGACGUCCAGGACUACAUCGCCGUCAAGGAAGAUCCGCACUACGCGCAGAUCAUUGCCCCGGACCAUGCCUACUUCGCUGAUAUGGCCAGGACGACCAUGGUGACCGGGUGGUUGGAUACGCUUGUUGUUGAUGGACAGGUUGUCUGA